CACCACCCCGCCGCCUGAAUGGCCCGCCCAAGCGCCCCCAAAUGCACGCCACGCAUGCGCAUCUCUUGCGGAGGGACAGGAUGACGGACGCUGGGCAUCCCGGGCGUUCACAGACAGAGCCACAGCCUGCUCCCAUCUAAUUGUCUAGCUUGUCGAUGGAGUAGAUACUGGUGGUUGCUCAUUCUGAACCAAAAUCAAACAAACAUGUCGUGAAGGACAUGAUAGCAAACGCUCCCGACGUGCGCGACUCCACCGCCAACGCGCUGAAGCUCUCGUGCCCCUCCGCCGAACUCGUCGCCGCCGACUCCAUGCCUUCGUCCUCCUCCCAGCACACGCCCACCAAUCCCUUCGUCGACGCCGAAAACGUCGAAUGGUCGGACGAGGAGGAACUGCUCCCCAAGAGCCGGAGGAGGAAACCCCAGUACGUGCCGCCGAGGCGGGAGAUCGAUACGAGCAGGUUGGGCGUAGCGGAUAGCAGGGCAUCGUGGACGCAAUCGUCUUCCGGGUCCGAGUCGCCCUCCGCGCAGAACGGUCGGGGUGUGUCGUCGCCCGUGAUACCGCCCAAAUCGCCGUCGAGGCUGGGAAGCAGCCAUGAGGAUCUCGUGCAGCGGUUCUACCAGGUGACGAGGGAGCGGGAUGCGCUGAGAAAGGAGCUGCAGAGGAAGAGCAUGGGGCCGCACGGUAUACCUGCGAGAGCUUCGGUGGUGUACAAGUCCGAGGAGAAGGCCUUGAUCGAGGGGCUUCUGGCUUUACGGCACGAGAUUCGUGUGUGGAGCGAGGAAUACUUUGGCGGACAGCUGUCGAAGCGGAGCAAGCGGCCGCAUCUGCAUUCUGCGAGGGAGCUGUUUGCAGGGUUGACGAGCAACUACAGCACCUACCUCAAACAUCACCAAGACAGACCGCUGUUGAUGCAAGCCUACUUGUGGAGUAAACUGCAACAACGCGUCUUCAGCACCAUCCACAAAGGCUGCGGGUACGUCUGGGCUGGGAAACUGGGUGACAAGCAUCUGCGCCCUCUCAACGACACCCUCCGAAAAGCCGUGAAAAACGAGGACCAAGCUGCAGAAUACCACCAAUGGCGCGCCCUGACCGUCAACCUCCUCGUGCCCCAAGUCGACGGCAAGUGGCGCCCCACCUUUGACGCCACGCCCGUCCUCAAACGCAUAUCGCGCUUCUGCUCGAGGCUGCGGCGGCGGCUGCGGCCCUGGGCGACGCGCAGCCUGAGUUUGGGCAAGGAGCAGUUGCGGACGAUUGUCUCUGCGGCGGUGGCGCUGGAUCUCAAGAUGAAGAGUCAGCGCGCGGAUUACAGGUUCGUUACGUUUACGGGCGGGAGGGAGGGGCAGUUCUAUGGGUACGGCUUUUACGAUUCGGAGAUGGAGGACGUGGAUGUGGAGGAGGUUGAUGAGGGACCGGGGCCAAAGGGAAGGAGGGUGGAGCUCUCGCUGGCACCGGCGCUGGAGAGAUGCGGGAAUGCGAACGGGCAUAUCUUCGAGCAGAGUUUCAUUCUGGUCAAGGCGGAUGUGAGCUGUAGACGGUUGGGGAGGGAGAGGGAGAAGGUGGGGCGGAAGCGGAGGGUUGGAAGGGGACCUGGGGAGAGGUUUAGGAGUUGGGUGGGGGGAAUGAGUGAGAGGAGGUAAUCGUAAUGUUGGAUGAUGUGCGCGCAUCUACUUCACAAUCUGCAUCAAUGCUGGUUGGUGCUCUCCAAGGCCGG